CCCCAUUUAAAAAUCAAGUGUGGUAGUAAAGCAAUGGGUAUUGGCUGUUUUGGUGCUUUUGAUUCAUGUAAAGCCAAAAGUAAAAAUCCCCAACAUGAAGAAAUUGCUACCAACAACGUUAAACAAUUCUCGUACAAUUCAUUAAGAUCAGCCACCAGAAACUUUCACCCCGAGAAUAAGAUCGGCGGAGGCGGUUUUGGAGUUGUCCACAAGGGGGUUCUCAGAGAUGGCACUCAGGUGGCUAUCAAGUCUCUUUCUGUUGAAUCUAAACAAGGGACCAUCGAAUUCUUGACUGAAAUUAAUAUGAUCUCGAGGAUUAAGCAUCCGAAUCUUGUUCAACUCAUCGGUUGCUGUGUCGAGGACGGCAACCGGAUUCUGAUAUAUGAGUACCUCAACAACAACAGUCUUGCUAACGCCAUACUUGGUUCACGAGGGAAACAAGUGGAGCUAGACUGGGCUACAAGAGCUAGUAUAUGCAAAGGCACCGCUUCGGGUCUUGUAUUUCUUCACGAAGAAGCUGAACCGCGUAUUGUCCAUCGAGAUAUAAAGGCCAGCAAUGUACUUCUUGAUAGAAACUUUAAUCCCAAAAUAGGAGAUUUUGGGCUUGCAAGACUUUUCCCGGAUAAUGUCACCCAUAUUAGCACCCGGGUUGCUGGAACAAUGGGAUACUUGGCUCCUGAAUAUGCAUUGUUAGGACAACUUACAAAGAAAGUAGAUGUAUAUAGUUUUGGGGUACUUAUGCUGGAAGUUAUAAGUUGUAGAAGUAGCAGUAAAGCGGCGUUCAGGGAGGAACUCUUGAGUCUUGUCGAAUGGGCGUGGAAGCUGAAAGACGAAGAAAGACUUCUAGAUCUGGUUGACCCCGACCUAACAAAUUAUCCAGACGAUGAGGUUAUGCGCUUCAUUACAGUUGCAUUAUUUUGCACACAAGCGGUUUCAAACCAAAGACCCUCAAUGAGCCAAGUACUUGAGAUGCUCUCAAGGUCAGUCAGACUUAACGUAAGAUUGUUAACCGAACCGGGGAUAUACCGACCGCGUUCAUCCUCUAACCGCGGUAGUAAGCUAGAAACAACAAAAUCCGGAGGCAAACAAUCGGUGAAUCCUUUUGUAACAAGUUCUCUACAAGUCACUAGUUCGUAUAGCGUAUCACAAAUGUUUCCUAGAUGAUCACGUACACCUUUAAGAAAUUAAGCCUAUAUACGGUUUCUUGGUACAAGGUGGUUUGUACCUCAUUAGUUCUCGAGAUGUCUGUAACGUUGUGACGUCAUUUGAGAUUUGGGCUCAAAAGUUAUGUGUCAUGUAUGACGUAUGUUUGACGUAUUACAUAUUAUAUAUAGAUGAUAAAAUUAAAUCGGGUUAAAAA